GACCAGUCGGCCAGCAUCCACGUGAUGGUACACAGUUGCUGUUAAUCAACUGAAAACGUUGUGAGUUGUUUUUUUUUUUUUGGCCGGAGAGUUUCAGUUUGGAGAUAAUUUCGAUUCGAAGUUUGGACGUGUCGCACAAUUUCUUCUGUGAGUCUUUUUUUUUUUUUUUUUUUGAAAGAAUCAACUGAAAUAAAGUGGAAUUUGUGAACAUGAGUGUGAAACAAAGAUAAAAAUUAGUUGACAUUUUAUCACAACAAUAUUUCUUUAUACUUACACGCAAGAUGCUCGUUCAACAUCUCAAUUCGUCUGGUCACCAUCACCAACAUUUAAUGUCCGGUAAAGUGGGAGGACAUCAUCACCUGCACAACAUCCAUCAGUCGGCCGUGCAACAGCAGCAGCAGCAACAACACGGAGGCAAACAGCAACAACAUCAUCAUUUGAAUGGCAGCAGCAAUUCGGGAUUCCAUCACUCUGUCCAGCAUCCGGCGUCUUCCGGCAGUCACGAGAGCGACGACAGUCUUUGCACGCACGAACAUCCCGGUCAGCAGCAUCAGGGCAUGCAGCAUCAUUUGAAGAAUCACGGAAACGCAGUGGUGGGCUCUUCUUCCAACGCCAUGACGGCCUCGUCCGUGAAACAAAAGAGGCACAGGACCCGUUUCACGCCGGCCCAGCUCAACGAGCUCGAACGCAGUUUCACCAAGACGCACUACCCCGACAUUUUCAUGCGGGAAGAGAUCGCCAUGCGCAUCGGACUCACCGAAUCUCGCGUUCAGGUUUGGUUUCAGAAUCGACGGGCUAAAUGGAAGAAGCGCAAGAAGACCAAUCACGUGUUUCGGUCAGGCAAUGGUGGUGGAAGCAACGCAGGGGGAUUGAUACCGUCGCACGCUUUACCUUCGUUCGGUGCAUCCAACGCCGGAAGUGCAACGACAACGGGGACGAACGGGGGUGGGCAGACGGGUCACGAGCCGCUUUGCUCGCCGGCCUCGCUUUUCGCCGCCACCGAUUCCGGCCGUUGGGGAGUGGCUUCCGGUUUGAGUCCGUUGGGUCCGACGACCGGUUUCGGGAGUCCGUCCCUGUCGCAGUUGAACCAGUUGAGCAACGCUCUUAAUCACCACCACCCACAGUCGGGAGGAAGCGGGAUCAUGUCUCCAACUCUGAUGAAUUCGCCCAGCUAUCAAACAGCCUAUUCUUCCACCGGCAGUGGUAGAUUAAGUUCGUCGUCGGUUCAAGCUGCCAGUUUGAACGAUUUCGGUAGUGGGACGAUCGGCAGGAAUGGCCAGCAGCAUUUGACCAGCAACACGGAACAGACGGCCGAAUCUUUGGCCGCCCAGAACCUGGUCAAUAAUUACGUGAAAAAUGGCGGCUAUACGGGUUACGAGCAGUUACUUCAGCUUUCCAAUGGCAAUUACUUCCAAGACUGUUUGACCUCUCACCACCAUCACAUUUCACACUCGAAUCGACCUGCCGGACAACGCCAUAUCCUCAACGACAAGGAUCCUGCUGCCGGCUCCUACGACAACAACAAUCUACAACUCUCGCCCGCCAUCUGAUCGUUUCCUCCGGGCGAUUCUCAAGUCUUUCGUUUUUGUCUCUUUUAAAAAAAGAAGAAACAUUCCAUUCUGUUUUUUUUUUUCGGGCAGUUGCAAUAGCCGAUUGUUGUUGCGCUGUAAUAGGUGGCCACCUUCAUUCGAAAAUUACUUAUCCUUUUUUUUUUUUUAUUACCUAUGUAUGUGUGUAUACAUUCUGGUUUCUUUUUACUAUUGGAAAAGAAUUGAUUGUGCAUGUUAUUUUCUUAUUAUUUUUUAACAUAAGCUGGUCAUGGUGUUACCUUACCCCUUUUUUCUUUAAAAAAAUAUUUCACCUGUUUGUCAUUCGACAGUCAACUUUCACAAUUGCCGAAUUUUUUUUUCUUUUUGAAAGAUAAAAAAGAAAAAAAAAAUGACGUAAGACACACACACACACAGAUAUGUGUCAUCCUCUUCUUUGUAUCUAACAAACUUAAAAAAAAAAAACUUUAGGACAAACACAAAAAAAAGAUACCUAAACACAACAAAUGUCAAUGUCGUUCGUUUUGUUUUUUCUUUCGACGUGACAUUUGAUUUUCUCUCCGUUUUCUUCACAUCCCUGCCCCUUUUCAAAAAUGAAAAAGAACAAAAAAAAAUUUAAAGAUGCGACUCAAUAGCCUGACCAUUUUUUCUUUGUUGGAUUUGAUGUUCUACGCCUCUCUUGUUUCUAUAUUAUUAUAACUGUCGUGUGACUGUGUCCGUUGAAUGUCCUGCAGAAAGAUAUCACACAUUGGGGAUGAGAAGACAAACGUAAGAAAUUGCAUCCUGACCCUGACUC